AACAGGCAGCUUGGUCUCCACAUGCACCUCGCAUACCUCAUCCUCACUGCCUUUCUGGGGCAGUGGCUGGGCACCAUGGGGCAGGUCACUGUCACCCAGCAAGAAGGACAAGUCACAGUGAAGCAGGGAGACACCUUCCACACCACCUGCACUUACCAGGCAUCAGAGUUUCAAGGUUUGCUCUGGUACCAGCAGAAGAGCGACCAAGCUCCCCAGCUGCUCUCGCAUCAGGCAGCAGCUGGCCCCAAGCCCAGCGGCCGUCUGACCACGCUGCUGAACACCACGGGGAAAUACAGCCUGCUGCAGCUGGAGGAAGUGGAGGUCUCUGACAGUGCCUUGUACCUCUGUGCUGUGGGUGACACCCUGGAAAUGCUGUGUGGGUAUGGAUCCAGCUCUGGCAAGCUGACCUUUGGCUCAGGGAGCAGAGUGUCUGUGCAGCCCAAUGUCACUCCAUCCCCUUCAGUCUACAGGCUGACCUCUCCAGAUGGUGAGGAUCUGGAAAUGUGCCUUAUCACAGACUACUGCCCUGAGCAGCUUACUCUGAACUUCACUGACAAGCAGACGGAUGCUGUUGUGGAGGUGGCAACAGCUGAGCACAGGCGGGAAGCAAGCUACCUGUCCACCUACUGGGCCAGGAAGGCUGAAAUGCAGUGUGGUGCAAACCAUGAGGGCUUUGGGGAGCUGGAGGGAGAGGAUCCUGACAGUGGUGCCAGCUCUGUCUGUGUCACAGAGAUGUCUCUACACUUCAGGACAGAUGAAAACCUGAACUUGCUGUCUUUGACACAGCUGAGCCUGAAGAUCACUUUGCUGAAAGGAGUCCUUUUCAACGUGCUGAUGACGAUGCUCGUGUGGAAAAUCAAGAAUGACAGUGACCAGAUGGUGCAGUUCUGA